AUGCAAAGACCUUGCGGCGGGUGCUGGGCCGCUCGCCGCCUGCUGACCGCGCCGGCGGCGGCCCCCUCGGCGGACCAGUCGAUGGAGGCGCAGCAGGCGCACCUGGAGAGGGCGCUGAGCAUCACCACCACCGUGCUCUUCGUCGCCAGCGUCUCCUAUAUCGCCCUCAGCACGCUCUACGCCUGCCUCCGCGCCGCCCGCCACGAAGACCCCGCCGGGGCCGACGCCGACGGCCCGGCGCCGCCGCGGGAGGCGACCAAGCGCGCGCUCGAGGGGAUCCCCGUGCGGGUGGUCGUCCUGCUGGACCAUCCGCGCGACGGCGGCUGCCCCGAGGCGGUCGUGGAGGACGAGGGGGUGGACGCCGACGCCUGCGCGGUGUGCCUGGCGGAGUACGCGGCCGGGGACGAGGUGCGCGUGCUCCCGGCGUGCCGCCACGGCUUCCACCGGGAGUGCGUCGACCGCUGGCUGCUCACGCGCGCGCCCACCUGCCCCGUCUGCCGCGCCCCGGUCGCCGCGCACCUCGACGGCGCCGACGCCAAGGAGGAGCUCUCCCCGCCCACGACCAGGCACGCCGGUCACUUUGGUGAUUUCGCCGCCUGGUCCCUUGGGCUCCCGGCGCCGAUAUGA